AGUCGAAAUAUUCAUGAGCAGGGAAAAAAACAUAAGGAAAAUGUAGAAAAAUUCCUCAGAAAUAUUUACCGUAAGGAACAAGAAGAACGAAAGGAGAACGAUAAGAUCAAACGAGAGUUGAAAAGAAUUGAAAGGGAUGCUCUGAAACAAUACAAAAAAGAUUUGGCGCUCGAAGUUCCUGGUGCGAAUAUUGCUACUCAUCAAUCAAAUUCGCGACCUACAGUGACAACACAAUAUCCUGGAGAAUCUGCAGCAGCAGGCGAUGCACAGAUCGAGGAAUCUGUCAUAGGAGAAUGGAGACCAGUAACACCACCACCUGUGUCUGCAUCAGCUCAAAAGCAAGAUCCUUUUAUAAAAGAUGAAUUUAAAAACGAUAAUUCAAUACCACCUCUACAGGAUGACGAUGAAUUCGAAGAUCCUGAUGAUCUAAGUAACUUUAAAGUAGUCGAAAAAACUCUUUCGAUAGAUGAGGUUGCGGGUGAAAAUACUGUUUCUUUUAAAAAAAGAAAAUUCGGAAGUGGUAGCAAUAAGACAAGGAACAUCAGGAAAAGAAUUGCGUGA